AUGGCCAAGUACCUGCCCCAGAUCACUGUGAUGGGUGUACAGGUGGUGGGCAGAGCCUUUGCCUGGGCCCUGAGGCAGGAGUUUUCAGCAAGCCAAGCAGCCGCUGAUGCUCGGGGUCAUGCUGGGCACCAAUCUGGAGCUGCAUCCAGUCUCUCUGGCCUCAGCCUCCAGGAAGCCCAGCAGAUUCUCAACAUCUCCAAGCUGAGCCCUGAGGAGGUCCAGAAGAAUUAUGAACACCUGUUUAAAGUAAAUGAUGAGUCCAUGGGGGGUUUCUUCUACCUUCUGUCAAAGAUUGUCCGUGCAAAAUAA